CAGUCAACUUCUUGAAGGCUUUCUUCUUCGGCGGAUAUUGAGUGCAAAGCGUCAUGUGCUAAGUGAACUGAAAGUGAUGUGGUAGUGCCUGGUAAUCUAUCUAGUGACUCCUGUUUGUGCAUAGCCCGUUAUUGGAUUACAAUCAAGAUGAUUCUGAGGAAGCUGCAAUGGAUCCUCCUAUCUAAAUUAUUAUACUCCGUAAUAAUUGUAGAAUCUCAAAACGAGAGAUCUUACGACACAAACGAGUGGGUACCUAUAACGCCUUCUUCUGGAGAAGAAGCCUCGAACAAGGCCGUAGGUCGCGUCUUAAACCUAGACACGCCCGCCCAAAAGUUUUUCCCCGAAGAGGAAUACAAUCAACGGAAAAGGAGACCGCACCAGCAGCAGUACCUGAGGGAGGGUUCCUUGAAGCCGUCGAACGAUAGACACAAUCACAAUGUAGAGAAUUUCAGGUACCAAGAGCCCGCUGCUUACGAGCAACCUCCCCCUUUGAAUCAAGGAGGUUUCCUGGAGAAACCGGUUUUAACCAGGCAACAGGCUCCAGCUGUUGAUGCCCCUAAUUUAUACCAGCAGUAUAAUCUGCCCAUUAACAAUACUUUCUAUCAGUCCUUAAAUCCUAGUAUUAUUAACGACGAGUUGCAAAGAGAAUUUCUUAAUCCUAACAUUGCUCCUCCCGUAUCAGUAGCGGCAACACCGAUUCAGGAUGAAAAACAGGCUGUUCAACUACUUUACGUCCCAUUGGAGAACUUGCAAAAUGUUCAGCCCACUACACAAGUCACCCAGGACUCUGAAAAGAUAUUCCACCAGGUCGACGCCCCUAGACAGGACAAUCAAAUCUUCACCCAGAACAAGCAGCAUCUCAUAGACGAUAUCGAGCAUGAUUUAAUCCAGCAGACGGUUCAGGCGCAUAGAUUGCAACAACAGAUCCAUCUAGGACGCCCUGUUGGUGUUCAAACCACUACGACGACGACGACUACGACGACCACAACCCCGAAACCAACUAAACGAAAGCCUCAUCAACCACCUUUAGCGGUGUACUUGGAAAGUAACAACGAGGCCAGCGUAGACGAUAUAUUGACUGCGUUGAGAAACGCGAAGACUAUCGCCGUGCAAGACGCCAUUACUCCCAGUUCACCUCAUGUGUUCAUUGGGCCUUCUACAUUGAACUUGCCUUCAAGCUACACCAGAUUCCCCUUGCCUUACAUCAACAAACUAGAAGGCAACAGAAUCGAGAGGAAAAUAGAAAAUCUUCCCUUCUUCGUAGCACCACUGAGCUACAAAACUCCAGCUGGUUAUUCCAAAAUCCCUCUGCCAUCGCCACAUGUCGGGUCUGUAGUGGUCUCAAACAAGGAAGAUUCCCACAAGCGUUCAGCUCCUAGACCUACUCAGACAUAUCCCAAUCAAAUCAGUAACUAUGAAUCAGCGAAGCCAGAAGUAACUAAUGCGAAUUCGCAAAUCUUUGACCCCAGUCAACAGACAUAUUUCAGUACCACGCCUUUCCAAGCUCCCAAUUAUUUACAGUUCAAUGUCAAUGACAACGUCAAUCAAUUUGCUGUUCCCACCAAACCCCCCCAACAGCAACUGCAGCAACCACAACUAAAUAUAAACAACAUACCUCCAAGAAGUCAGCUUCAAGUACCAGACACUGUUAACUCCUUGAAAAAUCCACAACCUGUUGCUUACAGCCAAACCAACACCGCAAAUGCAAAUACAAAUCCCCAAGCACCUUUGCAGCAAUCUGUGCCUGAUAUAAAUAGCAAUCCUUACAAUAUUCCACAGAAGGCUCCAGAAGCUGACGCGAAUAAACAAACUUUUAAUCAAAACAUACAUAAUUAUCAGGUACCGUCAAGAACUCCCUCCUCAGUUGGUAAUACAAAUCAUGAAACUGUUAAUUCUUAUCAGAUACCAGUACAAGGUACAGUUGGUGUUACUCAAUACAGUCAAUCCGUCGAUGGCAAAAAGGAAGAGUAUAGUAGUCCACAGACAUAUACUAGUGGAAAUUCAAAUUCCUUCCUUAUUCCUUCAAGGAAUGGACAGCAAACUCCAUCUUCCGUUGGUAGCGUACACAACACCGGUACUCCAACUAGGACAAGUUCUUCAAAUUAUGAGGGACCUACUUCAUUUGUUUCAUCUCCUUUCGACAACACACACGAGAUUAAGAUAACUCCCAAGACCACCACUACGUCCAGAACAGAAGAAUCGCCCCAUUAUACGUUUGAUGGUGCCAACAAAAAACAAAAACCUUUCAACUUAGCGAUUGACCAAUACGAAUUACACCAGAUCAACAGUCAACUUUUAGACAGCGAUCCAGAAAAAAACGCCAAGAGCCCUUACGAUUUCGAUUACCAUUUCCUCUAUGAAAAGCCAGCAAAGGACUUCGACUAUAGCGGCAAGUUUGAUGUUGAUAAAUCAAAAGUGAAGGGCAGGUACGAUUACAGUUCAAUAUUUGAUGUGGACGUUGGCAAACCGAAAUAUGACUACAGUUCCGAGUUCGAGCGCUACAGCAGUACACCGGCUAGCAUCUUAAGAGACACUUUCGAAGAGAUUUCUACUACUCCAAGGCCAUCGCCUAAGAGCCGCAGGAGAGGUAAACCUUCAAGACAAUCCGCUAGAACGACAACUACCGCAAGUCCUAUCGGAAAAGAGUCCUAUACCGUACUGGAAGAAUUUUCUGUAAAACCGGCUACAACACCCCAGAUUACAGAAGCCCCUAAACAAGUUAAAUAUGAAGAAUACAAGAUACCAACGCAGGUUGAGGUGGCUGACGUCCCAGCAAACGUGUAUAGACUUAGAACUACCACGACAAGUGUGAGACAACACAAUAAUGUAAAAACUAUUGUUAAAGACAUUCCCGCCAACGUUUAUAACUUAAAUGUCAACCCAUCGAACCAGCAAGUUCUAAAUCAAAACCAGCCAAUCAACCUCGCGAAAAAUGAAGAGGUGUCUCAUCCACCAACCUACAUACAAAGUCCUCUAACCGAGGUGGCCUACGUGCCACAAUACAAUGAAAACCCAGUUAUCCAACCAUUAGUGCAAAACAGAGGACAGAAAGUGUCACAAAAUGCGUACAAUUUUGAAAACAAACAACCAGAUAUCCCAGGAUAUACCAGCAAUUUGCAGGACCAGUCAAUCAGGACACUGGUUGUGCCUAACACAUUGCCUCCUACAACAGACCUCAUCCAGUCCACUCUUCUUCAUCAACCUCCUCCAGAACAAUUCCCGACGACUACCACCACGACCACUACCAGUACCACAACAGAGCAACCAAGAUCGAGCCCUGCUACCAGAGGCAGAGGGAGACAAAGAGGGGGCAGCAGGUUCUCUACCGCCUCUUCAACUACUACCUCCGUGCCGAGAAGGACCGCGAACAGAAGAAGGCCGGUACAUUCGUCAAGGACAACUACGGAGGUUCCAAGCACCCAGUACUCUUCGAGAGAAGAUGUACAGAAGGUGAACACGAGGCAACGGUUUAGAUCCAGAGCACGACCCAGUCAACCUGUAGCGACGGAGAGGAUUUCCAGCACAGAAAACGAAGUCAGGUCGUACAAAGAACAAACAUCAGAAAUUCCUUUGGAAAUCCAAACAGAACCGACGAGUCCCCAAUCGUAUAUAAAGUUUGAACACACAGUAGAAGACCAGAAAAUAAUAAUCCAAUCAGAAGACCCACCCAUCACUGAUUAUCCCCAAUAUUAUAGCCCUCAGGUACCAGUUACUGUCACUGAAAGCCCUCGACUUCAUUUCCAGUACGACAACACUGCUACAACACAGAAUCCCCUUAUGGAUGUCCAGAUAACGCAUCCUGCUCCAGUCAAAACAAAAAAACAUCCCAUCGUCACAACCACGCCUGUCGAGGAGGCCCAAAUUCAUUUACAAGCUGGCGGAGUACUGCAUAACACAAAUAAUAAUAACAAUCAUAGAAAUAACAACGAAGAUAGUCCCCCACGACAAACAAAUCGUGUACGAGGAAGAGGUCGCAGUAGGCCUCGAGUGGCAACGACAACAACAACAACGGAGAACCCCGCAGUUAGAACUACAGGAAAACCUGUGAUAAGAAUAGCACCGAAAAGAACAACCACUGUUAGUACCACCACGACGACGCAGAAACCCGCUUCCAAGUCGGUCGCAGAGGACGAAUUCUUCGGGUUCAUCAGGCAACCGAAUUUCAACCAAAUAUACAACAUCCAAGUCCCUGCCGCGACGCAACAACCCAUAACAAUAUACCAAAACCCAAACCAAGUAAGUAACAGCGACGUGCGCGUCAGCGCAUACCAAGCAUUCGGUAACACGAAUAAGAGUCCAAAUGUACGCGUCCAGUCCUACCAAAUACCUCAGAAUGCUCAACCAGUGGAAGACGUGCGGUUGGAUUUUAACAGCGGAUCUGCCGAUGCCACUACAGUCCACUUCUUAGGAGAGAUAAGACCCAAGUACAGAUCAACGACGCAGAACUACGAGGAUAUCGUCACCGCGACAGACACCACAGAACCAAUUCGGAUUGAAGCGGAAACUGCAAGACCUAGAGUCAGAGGAAGGGUUAGAAACCCUCAAAGGAAGACCAACGCUAAACAAUCCGACAACGAAGUCAGCACUUACAGGACACAACAAGCGACGAGACGGUCCAAUGUGAUCAGGUCGAGAGGAAGAGGCACUGCACAUUACAGAGCUCCUGAAAAUCUUCGUCACAAGGAAGACAAAGAAGCUGAUGUUGAAGGAGGAAACUACCCACCUUCGUUUUUCCAGAAUAAGCAAGCCCCUGCUUUAGCCCCGGGUAUCAGUACCACCACCACAACCAUUGUACCUUCCUUCCAAAUCAGCAUCGACCCAGGUGAGGAUGAAGAGGCUGACCAGGUGCCCAACCCGUCGCUGUUCCAGCCAAAGAUCCUGCCCAGGCCGGAGAAGUGGGCGGAAGCUACUGGAGACGCUGUUAAUAAUGAAGAAUUUGCUCCAGCUAACCAGAUAGACGACGACAUCCAUAUAGAAGGGGAGACUGUGAGUCCCGAUGAAUCCAGAGACACCGAACAGACAAAACCAAACAAAGCAACAACUAAUAAACAACCUGUCGAAGGAAAUGAAGCUACCGAUCAACCCAUCGCCCUUCCUGUCACGGCAAGCGAUGAGCAAACGACGCAGAGCAGCGACGAGGCUUACAAGGAAGACGCCAAGGCAAUGGAAGAGCUAUUCGAAGAAAUAAAUAAGACUGAGAAGCCUAAGGGGAAGGGUAGAAGACGAGGUGCGUGGAAGCUUGUCAGACACAGACCGGUAGAUCCGUAUGAAGCAGCCGAAUCUCAGAGCUACUACUCUGUCGUAAAUACGUUUGGGGACAUCGUUAAGGUUAAGGGAAAAUCGAAGUUGUACGAUAAUUCAAAGAGCGAGGAGUAUCCAAGCUUAGGUCACCAUGAGUUGUACAACAACUACAAUCCUGUUUUGGAGCAGAACUCGGACGCGUACGAUUAUGAGAGCCACAAACUACCUUCAACUGAAGGGCCUGAAAGCCAUACAACCAAAUACUACGAAGUUUAUGACAUGAACGCUGAGACUGAGAACAUAGCCGUUGAAGCUUCAUCCACGGUACCACCUGAAGCAAGUGGUAAUAGUACUGAAUCCGAUAUAAGCACGACGAGUGCCACGACUAAAGAAAACAGUAUCUUCGACACUAUUUACGAAAUGUUUGGCGUCUCUGGUAAGUCAGAGGAUAUUAAUGAGCCACCGACGACGACUAUUUCCUCAACUGAAACGGAAACGGUUCCUCCCGUUACUACCACCUUGGCGUCUCCCACUUUCCCAGAGGAAAUAACCGAGGUUCCAACAACCGAGGCGUCUUCGGAGGAACCUGUGAAAACUUCCACUGAAGCCGCGGAAGAGGUUACAGAGAAAGUAGAGACAACUUCUCCGAGUACCCAGAUAACUAGAACCUUUGAAGUGGAGCCGUGGGAGAUGAAGGCGGUGAGGACGUCCACGUCGACGGAAGUCUCCCACGAAACUGAGAUCUGCUACAAAGGGAGGUGCGUGAAGUCAACCGACCGAACGGGGUUGUAGUACUGGUGAUAAAGACUUCUUAGUGUAAAUAUUUCGAGCGCUGCAAGAGGUGUGUGACUAGGUGGAGAGUGCGUGUUUAUAUAAAUUUAUUUUUGUAAUUAAAAGGAUAUUUAUAUUUAACGUUAAGAGAC